AUGAAAGAGCUGGUUACCCAACUGAGCGCAAUCUCAGAUGCAGACGAGCUUGACUCGCUGGUCGACCAGUUUCUCCAGCAACUGCCAGAGAAUGUGAUCCGAGCAUUCGCAGAAAGAGCAAAAGUCCAUCUUGCCCACGAUUUCGUCGCUCAAUUUCCGCCAGAAAUAACCGACCAGAUUUUCUCCUACCUCAGCGGCAAGGAUGUUCUCAACGCUAGUCUGACAUCAAGAGAAAGGCUUCAACGAGAUAGAAGAGCGGCGAUUCUCCGGCCGAGUUUAUGGCGCGCCUUAUGCAAGAAAAACGACUGGGUUUCGCUCGAAAGAACUCUUCUUGGAGAUCUGACAGUAGUGGACUAUCAGAGUGAAAAUAUAUACAGACGAUUGUAUCAUCGGGCGGAUCAGCUGCAGCGAAAUUGGAAGAAUGGGGAGUUCAAAUUGAGCACCAGAACUGUCAGACGAAAUCGAAUUCAAGCGCUGGACCACGCAAAUGGUCGCACAGCAGCGCUGGCCCAUUUUGGAAAUUUGACCAUCGAUGACGAAGAAACGUGCGAAUCGAUCAGCAUUCCGCUUGAAAACAAGAGGGAAAGGUUUUCUUCCGUAGCGCUGGCUGGGGAAAACUUUUUGCUCGUCGGAGCGGAGGAAGAUGGAUGCGUGCUGAUUUUUAACCUGGCGACGAGGAAACUUUUGGAUAGAAGAUAUUAUCUUGAAGAUUCGAAUAACAACUCACUUUCGGUGGAUCAUCUGAUCUAUUUCGAGCCGAACAGCUACGCCGGAAUCAUUGGAAAUACCCUCAUCGUCGACAGUAUUCAUCAGCGCUCGGAAAAGUCCAAUUUCGAAGUCUCCGAUGAUGAAAAUAUCGAAGUGACAUCUUUGAAGAUAUCCUCUGGCUGGAAUCGCGUCGUUGUCACGGCUUGGAAUGGGUUGACGAAGAUCUUUGAUUUGGAGAAGAAGUACUGGAUCGAUUGUGCGUCCAUUUCUUCGGAAGGUGUAAUUUGCUCCGAUGUCAAGCGAAAUCGCUUCGUCACUGGCGGUGCCUCCGGCACAGUACGAGGGUGGAGCCUGGUAGAUGGAAAGCUGCUCUUUUCGGCGCAAAAGACGUACGAUGAGAUUUUGGACGUUUCCUGCGGAGAGGCAAAUGCAGCUUCGGCUUGUUCAGAGGGGAAAAUAAGAAUCUGGAGCUGGACAGGUCAGCAGCUUCGAAACUGGUCCGCUCAACUUGGCGCUAUUCGAUGCUUGGAGAUUCAUCCCUAUUUCGAUGUUUUGCUUGCGGGCGGAGAUGCGAAGUUCCUGUCGAUUUGGGAUCAUAAAACCGGGAAGCUGAUCGAUAGAAUUCACAGAAACCCGCUGAAUGUCGACAAGAUGAUCGUCACUAGCAAACUUCUUAUCAUCGCGGGAACUGGAAGUCCCGGUCAAAUCGCCACGUACAACUUCAACCUCGGCCUUGGAUCAGAAUACAUUGAAAAAGAAACUGCCUUUUACAUCUGA